AUGGAGGCACAGAUACAGAAUUUUGGACAGACGCCAUCACAGUUGCUCAUUGAGCCCCAUCCACCUCGGAGCUCCGCCAUGCACCUGUGUUUCCUUCCACAGAGCCCCCUCAUGUUUAAAGAUCAGAUGCAGCAGGAUGUCAUCAUGGUGCUGAAGUUCCCAUCAAAUUCCCCUGUCACACAUGUGGCAGCCAACACACUGCCACACCUCACCAUUCCUGCCGUGGUGACUGUCACCUGCAGCAGGCUGUUUGCAGUCAAUCGGUGGCACAACACAGUAGGCCUUCGGGGAGCCCCAGGAUAUUCUUUGGAUCAAGCCCACCAUCUUCCAAUAGAAAUGGAUCCAUUGAUUGCCAAUAACUCUGGUGUGAACAAACGGCAGAUCACAGACCUUGUGGAUCAGAGCAUCCAGAUCAAUGCACAUUGCUUCGUGGUCACAGCAGAUAAUCGCUACAUUCUUAUCUGUGGUUUCUGGGACAAAAGCUUUCGAGUUUAUUCUACAGAAACAGGCAAACUAACUCAGAUUGUGUUUGGCCACUGGGACGUUGUGACUUGCCUUGCCAGAUCAGAGUCCUAUAUCGGUGGUGAUUGCUACAUCGUGUCUGGGUCUCGUGAUGCUACGUUGCUGCUUUGGUACUGGAGUGGCCGACAUCAUAUUAUAGGUGACAAUCCAAAUAGCAGUGACUAUCCAGCUCCUCGGGCUGUUCUAACUGGUCACGACCAUGAAGUUGUCUGUGUGUCGGUCUGUGCAGAGCUGGGACUCGUUAUCAGUGGUGCUAAAG